AUGGGUUCGACACAGUUUGGCAAUUUCAACGACUUUUGUCGAGAUUCCACACUGCCCGUCUGCAAUCUCUUUGUCUCCAACAACCAACCCCCUAAUGAGGCGUACGGAGGAUGCCCGCUUCACGGUAUCGAACUCAGCGAUAACCGCUACCUCAGCAAUCUGGGCUCGAUUCUUCUCGCGUUCGUUUCCAUUCUAGUAUCGCUGUUCCUGCUCUUCAGGUCGGAUCGCAAACGGGCGGCAGUCGGAAGGAGGGAAAUGCAAAUAUUUCUGCUGGCAUUUAUCGUCGUUGAAAUCUGCGAGAUCUUCUCUGUGGGCGGCUUCCCUCUGGAUGCAGCAGUGCGCAAGGGCUUCUCCGCUGCACAUGUCGCUGCAAUCACCGCAACGUGCUGGAUUCUUUUUCUAAAUGCCGUGGUGGGCUAUCAAUUCCUCGACGACGGUACCCCGGCCUCAAUCGGUCUAAUCCUUGCCUCCGCCCUGGUUCUCUUCAUCGGUACGGGCUAUAUCGCCCUGGACACGGCUUUCGAUUGGACCGGUGAAUUCGCGACAACCGAGGCAAACAACUAUCGCAACAUUGCCCUCUAUGUGCUGUACCAACUCUUUCCUCUCAUCUGCCUCGUCGCGUUUUAUGUGUUGGAGGCUGUCCUAGUUGUUCGGAUUUUGGGCGAAGUUCGACCAAUGAUCUACUUGACUGCUGCCGCCCUGUUAUUCGCCAUCGGACAAAUUUUCGAAUACGUGAUCAGCGUUCACCUCUGCCACGCCUCCGGCAGCAAGAUCAACGGCGCAUUGUUCGAGACACUAUUUACUCUUUUGGCAGUUGGUACGGUAUGGAGCUUCUGGAGCAGCAUUACCGAAGACGAUUGGCCUAUGCCGAUAACAACCGGGGGUGCAUACCAUUAG